UUUACGCCUGCCAUCCCGCUGGUCUAGAUCUUUAUCGUCGCACGAGUGCUCACAACGCGCGGCUUCGCAGCGCUGAAGCCUGGAUUCAACACUAGGGCCAUCGUCACCUGGCUCGCCUGCACAUCUUUAUCACUGCUAGUAGUCUACAGCGCACUGACCGCGCGUAUCAAAUACAGGCAAUCCAUGGCGGGGGUGUAUACAGCCCCUACCAUGUACCAAACACCAUCAACCCCCUUCACUUUCCCCCUCAAUAUCACUCUAAAGGACCUAGGCGAAAAUCCAAAUUGGAGCAUGGAUGAAGUACCCUCCCCACCCGCGGGUGAGCAGCUUUAUUACGUCCUCAGCAUGAAGCCGCUCUCACUUUACUCCAAACCAGACCAGCAUUUCGUGUUUGUAGUGAGAAUGGUCCUCAAACUGUCUCAGUCCGGCCUAAUGGCCUGUCUCUUGCUAUUGAACACGUAUUGGUGCCGCCAUGUAGAGGCUCUGGUGGAUGAGGGGGACUUUAUGUCUAAGUCAGAGAUGUACCUUUAUUACGUUCUGGCCGGCCUCGCACUGGUCCUUCCUAUGAGCACACUGCUCGGAAUAGGCUUUGGUCUCCAUGACUGGAAACGGGCCAAUCGAAUCUCGGAUUUGUGUCUAUUACUUCUUGGACUCUCCAUCCUUGUCGGCUACGUGUUGACGUGUAGACGGCUACGGGCUCUCGAACGCGACUCCAGGAACGUCAACGGAGACGAAACCUCGACAACCCUCCAGCUGGCGUACUACAUCUACUGCGUGUACUGGCUCCUCGGCAGCCUGAUCUCCGUCAUUAUCCUCGGCUUACUAUACGAGUUCCCAGCGGUGUUCCCAGACCCGAAUCCUGUCUUGGCCCAGGCCAUCAAUGACCUUGAGGGCGCACUCUGGAGCACACUUAUCAUCUUGGCCUAUCCGGCAGCAAUGUUCUUACUCUAUCCCUCUGUCGACGUCCUAACCAAGCCUGAGAAUGACCCCGGCUCCCGGUUCCAGAAACGUGUGCGCCAGACAGUCAAGGAUACGAAACGCAUCCGCGAAAGUCUAUAUCUGGAGAGCGAUUCCAUGAACGGCAUUGAUAGCAGCCGCCUCUCGAGCCUGCAUGGCCUUACGUCUUAUCCCAACCUCACCCACCGUACAUCCGACAAUGGCCAGCCUCAAACGCCACAACCAAACCGACUCAGCUACUACGAGCCUAUGAAGAGAGAGCGCAUGAAUUCGAUCACGGCGAUGGUCAAUGAGAUGCAGUUGAUCGUAGAGGAAGAAGGAAGUGGAUCUAUUAUGAUGGUCAGGACACCAGGAUUAUUAUCGAGCGUAAGUGAUGCAUCCGCUGACCCAAAGGGCAAGUCAUCGAUCGAGAAGACGAGGUGCACAGAUCAGGAUGAACGCAGAGUAGCUGCAGGGACAGAUGCUAAUCGCAAGAUGGACACCGCUAUUGCUGGACAAAAUGCGAGUAGCCCCGGUCAAUAUUAUAUGGAUAGCAAGGAUGUGGAGGUCAUGAAGGAUUGGCUGGCUCGGAGCGAGAGUAUGGACCGGGAUGGACUUAUCGCGGGACUGGAGCAAACCAUCCCUCCGGACCAACUCUCUUGGAACAAAGCGCCAAUGACAUCUUCAGCAACAACAUCACCACUUGCAUCCGACGAUCUCACGACGCUAGUUCACCCAGAUCUUAACCCACUAGGAACACCUGCGACCUCAGCCUCCAAGCCAUUGGAAACUGUCAGCACAAAGACAACAACAACGGCAUCUACUCCCAGAUCCGCCGCAGCGCCUCUCGCGGGCAUUCUUAAGACAAGGAGCAGCACUCAGAACCCAUUUGAGCAAGGAUCAGUAUCAAAUAUUCCACCUGCUAUUGGGGCCCGGACGAGUUCCAUCCAAGGUUUGCAGGGCACUGUGGGGCCGAGGAGGAGUAGCGAGUAUGGUCAGGUCAAGCGGAGGGCAUCCGGUUCUUCCAAACCCACUCUUCCGAUAUCUACAUCCACGCCCAACCUCAGUGCGGAUGCGCCGCUGCUUUCGCCAACAUCUCAACAAAGGCGGUCUAAUGUAACUACGAGGGUCGAUGCAGGAGCGUUGGCAUUAGCAGCCCAACAGCAACACAGUCAGUUGCAGCCACAUCGGAUCUCAAAGCCGCGCACAUCGAGGGACGGGACUGAAGUCGAUUACUUUGGCCUAAGGAAGUCCUCGUUUGAGAAUGCGCCACCCAUGACACCAUCACCAUUACCCUAUGAGCCUCAGGCACAAGGGAUACAGGCGAUCGAGUUAAACAUGUCACCUACAAUGACAGGAUUCUUGCUAGCAGAUCCCUAUCCUUCUGCCGGUUCGCGCUACCUUGAUGGCGAGGGACAUCAGGAACCUGGAUCGGCGGAUGGGCAGAGCGAAGCGGGCAGUGAUCUACACAGUCGGAGGAGCGGAAGCACAGGAAGCUCGAAAAAGUACAAGGCGCCACCGCCUCCCAUCCCUACUGAAGCAAGGAAUGCAAUGGGCGCUGAAGGUGUCGGUGCAAGUAUGCCGACUACCCCUACAACUCCAACAACGCCUCCAGGAGUGCGACCAAGACGAUCGAUGGACACGGUGAUGGACCCACAGUUUCUGGCGAUGGCAAACAAGAUGUAUGAGGACCACGUCGUGCCCCUUCAUAUUAUGCGUGCAGCCGCUGCCCUAAGCUCGACGGCAACAACAUCGGUUGGCGGAGCUUCUCCGGCAUCUAUUGCCCCGCCAUCAAAGGACCCUCCUGCUACGCCAACCAAGCACACCACACCGCCUACAGUACCAACCCCGGCAUCGCCAGUGCGUAGUGUCUAUGAUGCGCAGCCAAUUUUAUCGCCGCGUCUGCCGCCCGCUGCAGCUCGACAGCAGCCCCAGCAACCGACUCAGCAUCAAGAACCGGGAUCUCUGCUGCAGCAGGUCAUGACGCCUCCAGCCAAGAGCCCCUAUCGGGUUCGCGAAUCCUUCGAGUCGAGGAUUGUCCAGGGUGGCCCCUCAACCCCUGGCCCGUAUGCUCCUGGCCAGGGCCCUGUAACACCCCCCUCACCGGCAUCCACGGCAUCGCUCACAAUUGCGUCAACCACAACCUUGCCUCGACCUUUGACGCCAGCCUGGUAUGAGACCAAGACCAACUUCGCGUCGACCAACGAUGUUCUAAAUCACUACAAUGCCGUGAUGCGCGGUGGAAGCUAUCAUAUGAAGCAACAACAGCUGCAGGAUGCACAAAAUGUCCAGCAACAACAGCAACAACAGCAACAACAGCAGCAACAACAGCAACAACAGCAACAACAGCAACAGCAACAGCAACAACAGCAACAACAGCAACAACAGCAACAACAGCAACAACAGCAACAACAGCAACAACAGCAGCCCGUUCAAGGAGGCAACCUACAGCAUUACUAUCAGGAGAAUAAAGUUGGACCACUCGACGACAUCGUUCCAGUUGCUCCUUCAUACAACCAGCAGCAGCUCUCUUCGCAACCCAUCCCUUCCGCUGCGCCGCCACAACAGCAGCAGCAGCAGGCUGGCCGUUCAUCCGAGGCUUACAGCUUGCAACCGCGGAUGGGCUCUGCAGAUAGUUUUGGUGUGGUCCGACAACGUUCAUCGUCAACUGGGAAGAAUGAUGUCAACCGACCGAUCGCCGCGCGGCUGGAGCUUCAAGAUGAUGUCCAGCGUCACCAGCAUCUUUCACAACAAGCGGUCCCCCAGCUCGAUCGUCACUCGUUUAUGAUGCCAUCGGAGUCCCUCUCGACCUACAGCACAUGGACGGGCGAUCUUUCGGACGUGACCAACACUUCCGGCGAGGUUUCUGUUGGGGCGUUCGUGGAUCGUAAACCUAUGGCUUCAAAGCAUCAACAACAGCAACAUCGACGCAAGAGCGGUGAAAAAAUAACAAACUCAUCGUUAUCAUUGUCCUCACAGAUCGGCAUGCAUCAUAGUGGAGACGAACAUGACAAGGAUAGGGAUGUGAGGAAGAGCCAGUCUAGUGGAUACUCUAUGGGUUCUUCUUUUGGUGCGGGCUCGUCUUCAAGACAGUCCGGGGGUGCGUACUCCAAUUAUUCGAACAAUUCUGGAUCCAUCGUUGUGUCAGCAUCGCUGUCAUCCGUCGGCCGCCCAGGUAGUGGCAGCGGCAGUGGCUCGUCACCUGCAGGGUCGGCCCCGAAACAUCAUGGUAACACGUCCAAGAAGCGAUCAAGCCAGAACCAGGGUAACUCAGGAGGUGGAGGCGGCAGCUUCACUGGAGCCGGUGGAAAUGGUGGUGGCAUGGCGAAGGAAGCGCCGUUGGCGACGACCUCACUUAUGAACAGCAUGCGGCUGAGCGCCUUUGGACCUGGAGAGGAUGAGGUGGAUAUCCCUGCGGCUCAUGACCAGCCUUCAGCAAGUCAAUCAACAGCAGGCGGGGCUGGCAGUAACAAAGAGUUUUAUCGAGAGGACGUGGAUCCGCAAACGUCCCAGGAGUUAGAACGCAAGGUCCAGCAAGAGUGGAUGGAACGCCGUGCGGCUGUUAAGAAGGAUUCAAAGAACCGGCUGGAGCAGCUCCAUAAACAGCAGCAGACUUUGAACGAGCAGGAGCGUCUCUCACAAGAGCAACAGCAGCAACAGCAGAAGCAACAGCAAGACCUACAGCAGCAGCAACAACGCCAACGAGAACGCCAGCAACGGUAUUUGCAGCUCCAGGGCGAGCAAAGCCAACAAGACAUCUCAGAGGAGCCAUAUACCCUGAAUAGUGUGUAUUUCAAGUCCACCGCAGACCUUCUCGAUGCUGCUGCUCCGGCUUCCAGCACGUCAGAGCAACCGAGCAGCUCGUAUGCGUUCUCGAGAGACGACUCGACAGGCAUGGCUGUACCAUCGCCCUCAGCAACUGUGACAUCGCCGGGCGAGCACUCUAUCUCCACGCCGUCCUCGAUGGCAACCGUAGGAGCCACCGAGCGGGCCUCCCCAUCACCAAGUGCCCAGUUCAUCUACGCCUCAAGUCCCACUUCUCGGCCGUACGAGCCAAUAUCUUCGCCCACGCUUCCGUCCCAUUCCGCGGCACGUAGGAUACAGGAACGCACUGUGCAGGAUGCGGACGAUGAAGAGCCCAACCCUCUCAUCCAAUCCUCCUCGUCCUAUGCACAGCACCGCCAGAACCAGAGUCAACAUGUGCUGCAGAAGAACGCUCCGACGUUGUUGCACUAUGAUUCUGUGGACUCAAUCGCGACUGUACGCGCUCACCCUUACCAACACCCGUCCGCACCAUCGUCACCGCAACCACCGCGAUCCUCACCUUCAACACCGACGUCCCCGUCGCCCAUGUCGCAGCGACCGCUUUACGCGCAGUACCAGCAAGCGCACCAGAUUCAUUAUCGGCCGCAGUCGCGUCAACAAUCGCCGCCACAGUCUCCAGGGGCAUCAAUGACUGUCGUCGGCCCAUCACAAUACCGGAUCAUUCCUGAGGAUGUGAGUAACAGAGAAGGUGGUAGUGAUUUAGAGGCGGCUAAUAGGAGUCUUAGUCCGGUCCAGAGGACGAGCAGUCGAUUGACGAACUUGACCAGCGGCGAGUCAGAGUACCAAUGGGGGAGCGCAGAACUGAAUCAUCAUCGGUGGGAGAUGUUGGAGACGUCUUCGAAAAACAACUGAAAGGAAAACGACCUGAGGCAACUAGACGUGCUUCCCUUUUCAGCCAGGAUAGGAUGAGGUGUUGUUGAUAACCUCCACCUCUUUCCGCGUCUGGU